AACGACGUAUAACCUCUAAAAUUGAGCGAAACCAAGUGAAACUCUGACACUGGAACCAAGUAAAACAUAAACAACGGUUCCGAAUGUUACCGUAAACAAAUUCGUGAAGGAAACAGGACAUUCGCAUCUGGUUUAAUUACAUGCAAAACAUGGUGUACUUACACUUUCCAUCGAACUUAACGGAAGAAGAAUUGAUGCUACAGGCGAAGUACAAUAAACUUAAAAGAAAGAAAAAGGCAUUGCAAGACUUAAAAUCACCGAAACAAGAAGCUGAACGUGUGCCACAAGCACCUAAGCGACCGACAGAAGCCAGAGAUGCUAGAGAAGUUGCUAAAAAGCUAAUAAAGUCUGGAGUGAUCACUGCUCCGAAAACACCCAAAAGACCCGAGCAAUCGUUCAAAAGGCCACGCGGAUUGGUGAGAAAGUUAAACAGUACAGAGAAAACGAUAAGCUCCUAUCAACCGUUUUCGGCUACCCAAAUGGAAGAAGAUGAAACGGAAACGGCGCGUCCUAGAGUCAAGGAUUUGUACGACAGUUUCGUGAGCGCUCAAGAUACAGAGGAUCGCGCCAAUGGCGAUACUCAGUCACCGGUGAAACAAGAAGUUAAGCCACGUGCUGGGAAUACGAUAUUUGUAUGCGGAUACAAAAUAUCAGAGGAUUUCUUGAAGAAGCAUUUCCAAUCGUUUGGAAAUAUUAUAAAUAUUUCAAUGGAAGCAGAGAAGAAUCGAGGAUUCGUGACAUUUGACAAGUCGGAAGCAGCCGAAAGAGCGAUAAGCGAAAUGGAUGGCACUAUGGUAUCUUCGAUACAGUUAAAAGUAUCGUUAGCACGAAGGCAGCCUAUAAUAGAACCUAUGAACGACGUCACGUCUAGCUCUAUGUGGUCACCGAUCGCGGCGAAUUAUUCUCAGAAAAGUGCGCACAAAGAUAGGAGAGAACUGAAAGUGUACGAGGAAGAUCUUUUUAUAUAAAUACGAUAUCUUAAGUUUGCCUACCUUCUAGAGUAUGUUGUUGUUAUGCAGUUACGAUAUUGAAAUUUUUAAUUCUGAAUAAAAGUGUACAGAAUCUUUAAUGUUUUUAAGGUAUUAAAAAAUAUCUUUUUCAAUGUAUACUCCUUAAUGUUUGCGGUACCGCGUUAGUAUUAAUAAAUUUAUAUCUAGUCAAGGA